UCCUCGGAGAUGCCAGAGACCAUCACCAGCCGAGAUGCUGCUCGCUUUCCCAUCGUUGCCAGUUGCACCCUUCUGGGGCUCUACCUCUUCUUUAAAAUAUUCUCUCAAGAGUACAUCAAUCUCCUGCUUUCCAUGUAUUUCUUCGUGCUGGGGAUCCUGGCCCUGUCCCACACCAUCAGCCCCAUGAUGAACAGAUUCUUCCCUGCGAAUUUCCCCAACAAACAGUACCAGCUCCUCUUCACCCAGGGCUCCGGGGAGAGCAAGGAGGAAAUAGUGAAUUACGAGUUUGACACCAAGGAUCUGGUGUGCCUGGCCCUGAGCAGCGUUGUGGGGGUCUGGUACCUGCUGAGAAAGCACUGGAUUGCCAACAAUCUCUUCGGGCUGGCGUUCUCCCUCAACGGGGUGGAGCUGCUGCACUUGAACAACGUCAGCACUGGCUGCAUCUUGCUUGGGGGUCUCUUCAUCUACGACGUCUUCUGGGUCUUUGGAACCAAUGUGAUGGUGACAGUUGCCAAAUCGUUUGAGGCCCCGAUAAAACUGGUUUUCCCUCAGGACCUGCUGGAGAAGGGACUGGAGGCUGACAACUUUGCCAUGCUGGGUCUGGGAGAUAUUGUCAUUCCAGGGAUCUUCAUUGCCUUGCUGCUGCGGUUUGACAUCAG